AUGGAAUUGCCAGAAAAUGGUCCUCUACCAUUUUUUCGUCAAGAAAUGUACAUGGUCAUAUUACAGUCGGUCUUCUACGGCGGCGUAUUCCUAGUCGGAUUCUUUGGAAACAUCUUCGUAGUGUUGGCCGUAGUAUCACAGUCACAACUACGAAGUACAACUGAUUACCUCAUCUCAUCGCUGGCCAUGGCCGAUUUGCUCAUCAUCAUUUUUUGCCUUCCAACCACUUUGCUCAACAAUAUUUUAACAGGUGAGCAAAUAUUUAUUUAUAGUAAGCAAUCCUUAGUUUUCAACUGCCAUAUAAUUAGUAUUCGCAAUAAAGUUUUUUUUUUCUCAGAAAAUGUUUAUCUUUUGAAAUACUUAAAUUCAGCAUUAAAGGAGUUUUUUUCCUUCUCAAAAAGAGUUCAUCUUGUUGGAAUGUCGUCAAAAAUUAUUUGCAAUAUCUGCAAUUUUCAACGCGAAUGUUUCGGAUAGCA